AUGUAUGAGGGACUCGGAGCAGAGUCGUCCUCGGCGCGGAUGAGCCAACGGCGGCGGUUACCCAAAAGCGCUUUCUCCGCCCACCGCCGGACAGAGUCCUCCGCUAUGCACCAUGAACCACCCGUGAAGGACUUGCAAUGGAUCGAUUUCUUCUUCAAACUCGGACAACCGACCCGGAUGAAGCCCGAUGCAACGCCUCCGCAACUGUGA